CCCCUAACCAGAACCAGCUUAUGGAUAAGAGAAACGUACAGAAAACGAUAGAAGCAGCAUACAGAAAUACAGAUACAGCCGAACUACACAACCCCAAGAGAUGCUAAUUUAGCCGCAGAAGAGACAAAGCUAGCUUUAAUGGGUUUCUGCUGUGAUAGAACUUUGCUUUCAACCACUGAUCUUCGUGCCACUGGUUUUUCUCGGCGGCUGAGGAGCCCGACUCUUCCUUUUCCUUACCUGCACCAGCAGCAAAAAGGACGGUUUCAUGGGCUCCAAAGAGCAGCAAAAGUUCUUGCUUACUAUGGCCUGAAGAACCCCCUUUAUAAACUUGACUCUUUAGAGCCGUAUAUGAGUCGGAGGACACUUGAGAUGCACUGGGGGGAGCAUCAUCGUGGUUAUGUGGAAGGUCUAAACAAGCAGCUUGAGAAGAAUGACAUAUUGUACGGCCACACAAUCACUGAACUUAUUAAAGUAACAUAUAACAAUGGGAACCCCUUGCCUGAAUUCAACAAUGCUGCUGAGGUUUGGAAUCAUGAAUUCUUUUGGGAAUCCAUGCAACCAGGAGGUGAAAAAAUGCCCAGAUUGGGAUUUCUUGAGCAGAUUGAAAAGGAUUUUGGUUCCUUCACCAAUUUGAAAGAGAAGUUCGUAGAAGAAGCCCUCACACUAUUUGGCUCGGGCUGGGUUUGGCUUGUUUCCUAUCAUCGGUUUGGAUUUGUGGGAGCAUGCUUAUUAUUUGGAUUACAGGAACGACAAGGAGAAGUAUGCAAAAGUGUUCAUAAAUCACCUUGUGUCUUGGCAUGCAGCAACAGGUCGCAUGGGCCGUGCCCAAGCUUUUGUAAAUUUAGGGGAGCCAAAAAUUCCUGUUGCUUGAAAUUCUUCUCAAAUAACAUGAAUAUUUUUCCUGCGGUAGCAACGGGGGAAAGUAUAUACAGUUUUUUUCUAUUCUAAUUUUUCCUUACUUAAAAUCUCUCUCUCUCUCUCUCUCUCUCUCUCGCUCUCGCGCGCGCGCACACACACGCACAAUUAAUUCCCAGGCUCAAAAAUGUAAAACGACGGGCUAGAGUUACUCCUUUGGAGUUUGGACCCUUCUGGUUUAAGGCUAUCAAGCAGUUUUACCUGGAAGCACCACA